CACUCGCUGAUGGUUUUUGCCACAUACAUUGCUGGACAGACACAGUUUCCCGAGUUCACUCUUGUACUGAUGUUAGAUGAUGUGGAAGUGAUGUACUAUGACUCAGUAUCAUUGAAAGCUGUCCACCGCAGUCAGAGUAAUUCAAGUGAUGACAAUGGUGCAGGUAGUAUAUUCAGUGAUAUAUAUGACAUCAUGAAAGAUCGAACAUUUUAUCUUAAGGACCACCAAAAUUGCACAGAUGGUUUGCAUGUUUAUCAGAAACGUGUUGGAUGCGAAUUGCUUGACAAUGAUCAGCCAGGUUUGUUUCUUUCAUGGGAUGCUUUUAAUGGACAAAAUACUGAAGAGUUCACCUUUGAUGUGGCAAAAAGAACUAUGCAAAUUAAUUUACCAUGGAUGAGAAUAAAAGGCAUGGGUCAGAUGGAAUGGCUUCAUGUGAAGUUUCUGUAUGAACAUGUUUAUCAUCCUGUUUGCAUGAAGACUUUGCGGGCAUUCCUGGAAAAAGAAAAGAACACUGUGAUGCGAAAAUUGAAACCCAAAGUCAGACUCUUUAGGAAGCCUCUUACAGACUCUCAAGGGCUUCAGAUCAGCUGUCUGGCCACUGGUUUUUACCCCCGUCACAUUAACCUGACCCUGUUCAGAGAUGGUCAGCCUGUGGAUGAUGAUCAGAUCACAGGAGGAGAGAUUCUGCCCAACGGAGACGGAACUUACCAGAUGAGGAAGAGUUUGGUGAUCAGUAAAGAAGAACUACAUAACGCAUAUUACAAAUGCACAGCAAACUACCUAAACCUGGACAACAAAUUGGACAUUGCUUUUGAUGAGGAUCUAGAAAAAUCUGACUUUGGAUCCUCUGCUCUGUCUACAAUUAUCAAUGUGCUGAUAUUAAUGUGUGUGGCUGUUCUCAGCAUAACUGCACUCAUCAAAUGGAGGAAGAGACGAGCUGCUGGUAAAUGA